AUGACACAGCUGGUGACCGCUGAGAAUCAGACGAUGGUGACCGAGUUCCUUUUCUCUGUAUUCCCACCUCUGCGUCAAGGCGGCCUCUUGUUCUUCAUUACCCUGCUUCUCGUCUACGCAUUCAUCAUAACCGGGAACCUGAUGAUAAUCAUCGCCGUCCGGCUGGAUGCGACCCUGCACACGCCCAUAUACUUCUUCAUCAGCGUCCUGUCUUUCCUGGAGAUCUGGUAUACCACGACCACCAUCCCCAAGAUGCUCUCCAGCCUCGUCAGUGCGCAGAAGACCAUCUCUCUGGCGGGCUGUCUCCUGCAGAUGUACUUCUUCCACUCACUGGGCAUCACGGAGGGCUGCGUCCUGACCGCAAUGGCCAUUGACAGGUACGUCGCUAUCUGCAGCCCUCUCCGUUACCCGACCAUCAUGACCCCCAAGCUUUGCGUCCAGUUAACCGCCGGGUCCUGCCUCUGUGGCUUCCUCCUCGUGCUCCCUGAGAUCGCGUGGAUCGCCACCCUGCCUUUCUGUGGCUCCAACCAGAUCCAGCAGAUCUUCUGUGACUUUGCCCCUGUGUUGAGCUUGGCCUGCACAGACACAUCACGGGUGGUCAUUGUGGACGCCAUCCAUGCAGUGGAGAUCCUGGCCUCCUUCCUGGCCAUUGCUCUGUCCUACGUGCGGAUCAUCGUGGUGAUUCUGGGGAUGCCCUCGGCCGAGGGCCGCCACAAGGCCUUCUCCACCUGUGCCGCCCACCUGGCUGUGUUUCUGCUGUUUUUUGGCAGCGUGUCUGUCAUGUACCUACGAUUCUCAGCCUCCUACUCCGUGUUUUGGGACACGGCGAUUGCGGUCACCUUUGUCAUCCUCGCCCCCUUCCUCAACCCCAUCAUCUACAGCCUGAGAAACAAGGACAUGAAAGACGCUAUCGGCAGGCUUCUCGGCCGUGGGAGGAGGGCCGGCGGGGUCCCGAGGUAG